GGCGCGCUCUCGGGUGCGCGCUCGGAAGUCGGGGGUCUGCGCCGAGUGCGGGCAGUGCGCAGGGUGGGCAAGGGAGGAGCGGGGGCAGGCGGUCCGCCAGCCGCACGGUCCUCGCCAAGGGCGCCCACUGGCCCGUCUCUCCCGCUCAGACGCCGCCACCGCCACCGCCCGCGCCACGGUCCGGCCCGUGGCCCCCAGGCUCUGCCCGCGCCUUAGCCUCGGAGGGACGCCGCUAGGAGACAGGAACGCGCCGGAGCCCUUGCCUUCGCCGUGGCUCAGCGCGCGAUGACGGGCAGCGGGCGGGCCGCGCUGGCCCUGCGGCCCCGGGGUCGCCUCUGGCCGGUGCUGGCAGUGCUUGCGGCCGCCGCGGCGGGUUGCGCCCGGGCAGCCAUGGACGAGUGUGUGGACGAGGGCGGGCGGCCGCAGCGCUGCAUGCCUGAGUUCGUCAACGCCGCCUUCAACGUGACGGUGGUGGCCACCAACACGUGUGGGACUCCGCCCGAGGAGUACUGUGUGCAGACCGGGGUGACUGGGGUGACCAAGUCCUGUCACCUGUGCGACGCCGGACAGCCCCACCUGCAGCAUGGGGCGACCUUCCUGACCGACUACAACAACCAAGCCGACACCACCUGGUGGCAAAGCCAGACCAUGCUGGCCGGGGUGCAGUACCCCAGCUCCAUCAACCUCACGCUGCACCUGGGAAAAGCUUUUGACAUCACCUAUGUGCGUCUCAAGUUCCACACCAGCCGCCCAGAGAGCUUUGCCAUUUAUAAGCGUACUUGGGAGGAUGGGCCUUGGAUUCCUUACCAGUACUACAGUGGCUCCUGUGAGAAUACCUACUCCAAGGCCAACCGUGGCUUCAUCAGGACAGGCGAAGAUGAGCAGCAGGCCUUGUGUACUGAUGAAUUCAGUGAUAUUUCUCCUCUCACUGGGGGCAACGUGGCCUUUUCAACCCUGGAAGGAAGGCCCAGCGCCUACAACUUUGACAAUAGCCCUGUGCUGCAGGAAUGGGUAACAGCCACUGACAUCAGAGUGACUCUAAAUCGCCUUAAUACCUUUGGAGAUGAAGUGUUUAAUGACCCCAAAGUUCUCAAGUCUUAUUAUUAUGCAGUCUCUGAUUUUGCUGUGGGUGGCAGGUGUAAAUGUAAUGGACAUGCCAGUGAGUGUGUGAAGAACGAAUUUGACAAGCUGGUGUGUAAUUGCAAACAUAACACAUAUGGAGUUGACUGUGAAAAGUGCCUUCCUUUCUUCAAUGACCGACCAUGGAGGAGGGCGACUGCUGAAAGUGCCAGCGAGUGCCUGCCCUGUGACUGCAAUGGCCGAUCACAGGAAUGCUACUUUGAUCCUGAACUUUACCGUUCCACUGGCCACGGUGGCCACUGCACCAACUGCCAAGAUAAUACAGAUGGCGCCAACUGUGAGAGGUGCCGGGAGAACUUCUUCCGCCUUGGGACCAACGAAGCCUGCUUUCCGUGCCACUGCAGUCCUGUUGGUUCUCUCAGCACACAGUGUGAUAGUUAUGGCAGAUGCAGCUGUAAGCCAGGAGUGAUGGGUGAUAAGUGUGACCGUUGCCAGCCUGGAUUCCAUUCCCUCACUGAGGCAGGAUGCAGGCCAUGUUCCUGUGAUCCUUCUGGCAGCACAGAUGAGUGUAACGUUGAAACAGGAAGAUGUGCUUGCAAAGGCAAUGUCGAAGGCUUCAGCUGUGAGAGAUGCAAACCUGGAUUUUUUAAUCUGGAGUCCUCUAAUCCUAGGGGUUGUACACCCUGCUUCUGCUUUGGACAUUCUUCUGUCUGCACAAAUGCAGUUGGCUACAGUGUUCAUGCCAUAUCCUCUACCUUUCAGAUUGAUGAGGACGGGUGGCGUGUGGAACAGAGGGAUGGUUCUGAAGCAUCUCUCGAGUGGUCCUCUGAAAGGCAAGAUAUUGCCGUUAUCUCAGAUAGCUACUUCCCUAGAUACUUCAUUGCGCCUGCAAAGUUCUUAGGCAACCAAGUGUUGAGUUAUGGACAGAACCUCUCCUUCUCCUUCCGAGUGGACAGACGAGACACUCGCCUCUCUGCAGAAGACCUUGUGCUUGAGGGUGCUGGCUUGAGAGUGUCGGUGCCCUUGAUUGCUCAGGGAAAUUCCUAUCCCAGUGAGACCACUGUGAAAUACAUCUUCAGGCUCCAUGAAGCGACAGAUUAUCCUUGGAGGCCUGCUCUUUCCCCUUUUGAAUUUCAGAAGCUCCUGAACAAUUUGACCUCUGUCAAGAUCCGUGGGACAUACAAUGAGAGAAGUGCUGGGUAUUUGGACGAUGUUACCCUGACAAGUGCUCGUCCUGGGCCUGGGGUCCCUGCUACUUGGGUGGAAUCCUGCACCUGUCCAGUGGGAUAUGGAGGGCAGUUUUGUGAGACAUGCCUCUCGGGUUACAGAAGAGAAACUCCAAGUCUUGGACCAUAUAGUCCAUGUGUGCUUUGUACCUGCAAUGGACACAGUGAGACCUGUGACCCUGAGACAGGUGUCUGUAACUGCAGAGACAAUACAGCUGGCCCCCACUGUGAGAAAUGUGGUGAUGGAUACUAUGGAGAUUCUACUGUGGGCACCUCCUCUGACUGCCAGCCUUGUCCGUGUCCUGGAGGCUCAAGUUGUGCUGUUGUUCCCAAGACAAAAGAGGUGGUUUGCACUAACUGUCCAACUGGUACCACUGGCAAGAGAUGUGAGCUCUGUGAUGAUGGCUACUUUGGAGAUCCUCUGGGCAGAAAUGGCCCCGUGAGGCUCUGCCGGCUAUGUCAGUGCAACGACAACAUCGAUCCAAACGCAGUUGGAAAUUGCAAUCGAUUGACGGGAGAAUGCCUGAAAUGCAUCUAUAACACUGCUGGCUUCUACUGUGACAGGUGCAAAGAUGGAUUUUUUGGAAAUCCCCUUGCUCCUAAUCCAUCAGACAAAUGCAAAGCCUGUGAUUGCAAUCCAUACGGGACAGUGAAACAGCAGAGUGGCUGUAACCCUGUGACUGGGCAGUGUGAAUGUCUGCCUCAUGUGUCUGGCCGGGACUGUGGUACUUGCAACCCUGGCUUCUACAACCUGCAGAGUGGGCAAGGCUGUGAGAGGUGUGACUGUCAUGCUUUGGGUUCCACCAAUGGGCAGUGUGACAUACGCACCGGCCAGUGUGAGUGCCAGCCUGGCAUCACUGGUCAGCACUGUGAGCACUGUGAGAUCAACCACUUUGGGUUUGGACCUGAAGGCUGCAAACCUUGUGACUGUCAUCCUGAGGGGUCCCUUUCCCUCCAGUGCAAAGAUGAUGGUCGCUGUGAAUGCAGAGAAGGCUUUGUGGGAAAUCGCUGUGACCAGUGUGAAGAGAACUAUUUCUACAAUCGGUCUUGGCCUGGCUGCCAGGAAUGCCCAGCUUGUUAUCGGCUGGUGAAGGACAAGGUUGCUGACCAUCGAGUGAAACUCCAGGAAUUAGAGAGUAUCAUAGCCAACCUUGGAACUGGGGAUGAGAUGGUGACAGAUCAAGCCUUCGAGGAUAGACUAAAGGAAGCAGAGAGAGAGGUGAUGGACCUCCUUCGUGAGGCUCAGGAUGUCAAAGAUGUUGAUCAGAAUUUGAUGGAUAGACUUCAAAGAGUGAAUAACACUCUGUACAGCCAAAUUGGCCGAUUACAGAAUAUCCGGAAUAUCAUUGAAGAGACUGGGAACUUGGCUGAGCAAGCACGUACCCGAGUCGGGAACACAGAGCAAUUGAUUGAAAUUGCCUCCAGAGAACUUGAGAAAGCAAAAGUCGCUGCUGCCAAUGUGUCAAUCACUCAGCCAGAGUCUACAGGGGACCCAAACAACAUGACCCUUUUGGCAGAAGAAGCCCGAAAGCUGGCUGAACGCCAUAAACAAGAAGCUGAUGACAUUGUACGAGUGGCAAAGACAGCCAACGAUACAUCGACUGAGGCGUAUAAUCUGCUUUUGAAGACACUGGCAGGAGAAAAUCAAACAGCACUUGAGAUUGAAGAGCUUAAUAGGAAGUAUGAGCAGGCAAAGAACAUCUCACAGGAUCUGGAGAAGCAGGCUGCCCGAGUCCACGAGGAGGCCAAGCGGGCAGGUGACAAAGCUGUGGAGAUCUAUGCCAGUGUGGCUCAGCUCACCCCUGUGGACUCAGAGGCACUGGAGAAUGAAGCAAAUAAAAUAAAGAAAGAAGCUACGGAUCUCGACCAUCUCAUUGACCAGAAGUUAAAGGAUUAUGAGGACCUCAGAGAAGAUAUGAGGGGGAAGGAGCUUGAAGUGAAGAACCUUCUGGAGAAAGGGAAAGCUGAACAGCAGACUGCUGACCAGCUCCUAGCCCGAGCUGAUGCUGCCAAGGCUCUUGCUGAAGAAGCUGCUAAAAAAGGUCGAAAUACCUUACAAGAAGCCAAUGACAUUCUGAAUAACCUGAAAGAUUUUGAUAAACGUGUAAAUGAUAACAAGACAGCUGCAGAAGAAGCUCUAAAGAGGAUUCCCGCCAUCAACCGGACCAUAGCCGAAGCCAAUGAAAAGACGAGGGAAGCACAGCUGGCACUGGGUAACGCAGCAGCAGAUGCCACGGAGGCCAAAAACAAGGCCCACGAGGCAGAGAGAAUCGCCAGUGCUGUCCAAAAGAAUGCUACCAGCACCAAGGCGGAAGCUGAAAGAACUUUUGCAGAAGUUACAGAUCUGGAUAAUGAGGUGAAUAGUAUGUUGAGGCAACUACAAGAAGCAGAGAAAGAACUGAAGAGGAAGCAAGAUGAUGCUGAUCAGGACAUGAUGAUGGCAGGGAUGGCUUCACAGGCUGCUCAGGAAGCUGAGAUCAAUGCCCGGAAGGCCAAAAACACUGUUAACAGCCUCCUCAACCUGAUUAAUGGCCUCUUGGAGCAGCUAGGGCAGCUGGACACAGUGGACUUAAACAAGCUCAAUGAGAUUGAAGGCACCCUGAACAAAGCCAAAGAUGAAAUGAAGGUCAGUGAUAUUGACAGGAAAGUGUCUGACCUGGAGAAUGAAGCCAAGAAGCAGGAGGCUGCCAUCAUGGACUACAACCGAGACAUUGAAGAGAUCAUGAAGGACAUUCGCAACCUGGAGGACAUCAAGAAGACCUUACCGUCCGGCUGCUUCAACACCCCAUCCAUUGAGAAGCCCUAGCGAAGGGAGGGCUAGAAGACAGCACCCCCUGACAGGGGAGCACUUGUGAGGCUACAGAGUGCCUUGACACAAAGAUUACAUUUUUCAGACCCCCACUUCUCUGCUGCUCUCCAUCACUGUCCUUUUGAACCAGGAAAAGUCACAGAGUUUAAAGAGAAGCAAAUUAAACAUCCGGAACUGGGAACAAAGGGUUUUAUCUAAUAAAGUCUCUCCUCCACUUAUUUUGCUACCUUACCCACACUUUCCCUUCUCAUUUGCCUGAGGACGUAGCAUCCUUCAGUGGCAUAAACAUAUCAUACGAAUCCUCAUAUGCCAGGGCAGAGCAAACGGCUCUCCCUCCCGCAUCAAAACCAGCAGAACCUCCUCAGUCUCAUACUCUUGUCUCUAUGAAGGAAAAGUUUGGCUCCUAAUCACAGUGUGGUGAUGGCCAGUCUGUGCAGUCCAUGGAUAAAGAAAGUGCAUCUGCAUCUUCUGCCCUCCUCUAAGCAAAAGGAAGUAAACCUCUUGCACCAAAGGCAUUGGUCACUUAGAGUGUCUGUAGCCAUCCAUCAGUCAUGCUAGCUGUUUUGAGUAUAGGACACUGAGCCAUCCAUGUGUAAGGAUGCAGUUAUUUAUGAUAAGUCUCCAGGAGAAUGUGGUUGAAGUAGACUGAAGAUUUUCUCCUUUAUUAAUAAUUGACUAGGAAGAUUAACUUUUUUCAGAUCUUUAGGCAGCUGAUAAUAUAAAUCUGGAUGGGCAGCUUGCACUCACCACUAGACCAAUAGACAUCUUUUAAUAUUCUUAUAAAUGGGACUUAUACAGAAGAAACAGGGAUAUGAUAACCACUAAAGUUUUUCUCAAAAAUCAAAUUUUAAGAGCUUUGUUAGUAUGUUAGUCUUGGAACUCAUGUUAAGGUACCUGUCAGAGAACAGUUGGUCUCUAAGAUCUUGGCAAACAAAAGAAAAGGAAACCUUGUCCCAGUCUUUUCUAGAUAAGGGAUAAAACAGAUGUAACUUGUAGUGUCAGGAUCCCAUCUAUGCAUUUUUUUUUUCUUCUAGAGAGAGAUGAAAUGUUUGACACUUAGCUCCAGUUUUCUGAUGUUUCCAUUUUCUGGAAUUCCUCAAAACACAUUGUUUGCCAAAUCCUGGUGACAAAUGCUUGCACUCAGUAUUUUACACAGCUGCCAACACCAUCUAGUUCCUGUACUUUGUGAUUCAACCCACUCUAAACCUUUCCUCUCCCAGGAGAGGGAAGAACCACGUGUGGAGUUUUCUAGUGGGCUUCUCAACCUUUGAUCCUUAGCUCUGUGGUUUUCUUUUAAGACCACAGCAUGACAAUUCCCUGCCACCCCCUCCUACCAACCUGCCUUUGAGAUUCAUAUAUAGUCUUUAACACUAUGCAACUUUGUACUUUGCGUAUCGGGGGAAAGAAACUAUUAUCUGACACACUGGUGCUAUUAAUUAUUUCAAAUUUAUAUUUUUGUGUGAAUGGUUUUUUUUUUGUUUAUCAUGAUUAUAGAGUAAGGAAUUUAUGUAAAUAUACUUGGUCCUAUUUCUAGAAUGGCACUGUUCACUUCUUUGCUCAGUUUUUCCUCUUCACUGGCACAAUGUACCUAUAUAUCUCUUCCCUUGCAUCUAGAACUCUUUGAAUUGUAUUUGCUCCCCAGUAUUUUGCGUUCUCUACCUUGUGUUUGCAGCAUCUCCAUUGUGUAAAAUGACUAUCAGCCUGCUUUCCCCUACUGCAGACUAAAGAGGUAACUCAGCCCUCUUCACUGCAGUGCUGAUGUUCCUAAGCUGCCAGCACCAUGUUGUUCUUCGUGCCUGUUCCAGAGCAGGAUGUCAAGCUGACAGGAUAUGGUGGAUUUAGGAAAGUUUUGAAAGGGGACUUGGACACCAUUGUGGGUCUAGGCAGGGAUAAGCUAGAAAUAAAUAUUUUUUCCAGCAUUUCUUUCAGCUGGAUGAUUGGUUUUGUAAGGGAGUACAUAGCCAAGCACUUUGAGGUAUUCACGAGUAGUGCUACUGAUGAUAGGGAGGUGGGGUGAGGUGCUGUGCUCAGUUCUUGAUCCCUUUCCUGUUUCUGUCUCCUUGGGGUAUACCAGAGGUUAUCAUGAAUGCUUGACUUGGCAUCCCCUAAGCUUUCAUUCUUGCUCUUCUCAGGCCUCCUCUACUCACAGGUGGUAUGGGGCUCUUCCUUGCCAAGUUUUCACAUCCGUGCUUCCCAGCCAGUUCCUCUUAUUAAGUGGCCACCACCCCAACAUAUGCAUUUUGGUCAUGGUUGCAGGAAAAGGACUGAAAAUAGAUUGUCAAGGUCAUUUGGGUCAGGUUCACUCCAGCAAAUCUGAGGCCACGGUGGAAGGUUUUUUUGUCUUGGCUUGUUUGUUUUUAUAUUCUCCAUCUGUAUGGUAUAUUUUUAAACAGAAUUUUAUUUUUAAAAAUGGAAGUUCUUUACAAGAUGAUACCUAAUUACACUCCUGCAGUACAGCCAUUAUUUUAUUGUAUAGUUCCAGUUAUCUGUAUUUUAUGUAAUAAAAUCGACAAAAUGGCUGCUGCAGAAUGCUGAGUGUCAUGGGGAAUAUAUACUGCUACUUUUCCCUAGAAUUUGCCCUUUUGAUUCCAACUGUGGCCUUUUUAUGUGUGCCUCCACUUUAGUUGUUUGCCUUAAUCUCUACGGUCUUGCUCUCCAGGGUGGUUAAUAAAAACACAACACUUGGCUUUUUUAUGUUUAAAAUAAAAACAGUAUUUUAUUUAUAAUAAAAUCUGAAUAUUUGUAACCCUUUA